UUGAUGAUUCUGAUGAUAGUGAUGAAUGUUUGGACAUAAGUGAGGAAAAUACUACAUUUAUACAUAGAAAAUUCAUUGACUUAAAUCAUGAAUUAUUAAUAAAUGAUGUUGAUAGUAAUUUAACUGAUGAAUUUGUUGAACAUGGUGAUAUUGAUUUUGGUAUUGAUGAAAUAUUAAAUAGAGUAGAAAGUUAG